AAAUGAAACUUCAAAUAUUGAGGCUCCCGCAAUUCUCUAAGCUCCUCUUUGAACUCUCAAAGAUUCAUCAAUCCUUACCCAGAACCAAAAAAUUACAUGCCUUCAUAAUCAGGAACCACCUCUCAGAUGACCCAUUUUAUGCUACUAGAAUCCUCAGAUUCUAUGCUAUUAACAGUGAUCUUUACUCUGCCCGUAACCUGUUCGAUGGAACUUCUCAUAGAAGCGUCUACCUUUGGAAUUCUGUUAUCAGAGCUUAUGCAGGAGAGCAUCAAUUUGAUGAUGCAUUGUUGCUGUUUGCAAAGAUGCUUAGAACAGAAAUCAAACCUGAUAGCUUCACCUUUGCAUGUGUUUUGCGGGCGUGUGCUGAAAAUUUUGAUCCAGAUAGAUUGAGAGUGGUACAUGGAGGAGUUGUGGUUUCCGGGUUAGGAUUUGACUCAAUUUGUAGUAGUGCACUGGUGACUGCCUAUUCAAAACUAUGCAUGGUUGAUGAAGCAAGUAGGGUAUUCUAUGGAAUGGCAGAGCCGGAUUUAGUUUUGUGGAAUGCAAUGGCUGCUGGUUAUGGUUAUUGUGGAUUCUGGGAUAAAGGGCUGCAACUGUUUAGUGCAAUGCGAAGCAUGGGGGAGCAGCCAGAUAGUUACACUAUGGUAGGAUUGAUCUCAGGCUUAGCAGAUCCAAGCUUGCUUGGAAUAGGAAAAGGAAUUCAUGGUUUUUGUUUGAAAAGUAGUUUUGAUUGUAAUGCUCAUGUGGGCAGUGCACUUGUGAGCAUGUACUCAAGAUGUCAUUGCUUAAAUUCAGCAUAUGGAGUUUUUACCAUUUUAUCUCAACCUGAUUUAGUUACAUGGUCGGCUUUGAUAACUGGAUUGUCCAAGAGUGGAGACUAUGAGAAAGCACUGCUCUUCUUCAGGAAAAUGAAUAUGGAAGGUAAAAGGGUGGAUCCCAUAUUGAUUGCUAGUGUACUGGCAGCUUCUGGUCAAUCAGCAAUUUUAGGGCCUGGUAGUGAGAUUCAUGGAUAUGUUCUCCGACAUGGGCUUGAGUCUGAAGUCAUGAUUUCCUCUGCUCUCAUUGACAUGUACUCUAAGUGUGGUUUUGUAAACUUGGGAGUUAGGGUAUUUGACUCCAUGCCUAACCGAAAUACAGUGUCCUACAAUUCGAUGAUUUUAGGUCUUGGAAUACAUGGACUUGCCUCACAGGCCUUCAAAAUGUUUGAAGAGGUAUUAGAGAAAGGAUUUAAACCUGAUGAAUCCACCUUCUCUGCUCUGCUCUGUACUUGCUGUCAUGCUGGCCUUGUUAAAGAUGGAAGGGAAAUUUUCAGUAGAAUGACAGAAGAGUUUCACAUCCAAGCUAGAACUGAGCAUUAUGUUCACAUGGUAAAGCUUCUUGGAAUGGCUGGAGAGUUGCAAGAGGCUUAUGAUCUUAUCCUGUCAUUGCAGCAACCAGCAGAUUCUGGCAUUUGGGGAGCACUGUUGUCAUGCUGCAAUUUUCAUGGAAAUUCUGAGCUGGCUGAAAUUGUGGCUCAGCAGCUCUUUGAAAAUAAACCAGAGAAAAGUGCAUACGGAGUAAUGCUUUCCAAUAUAUAUGCUGGUGAUGAGAGAUGGGAUGAUGUGAAGAAGUUGAGAGAUGAUAUUCAAGAAGCGGGAAUAAAGAAAAUGCCGGGGCUUAGCUGGAUUGGAGUUGGUCGUAUCUAAUCAUUGAACUGCCAAAAUGAAUACUUAAUCAGACCUUUGCAUGGGGCUACAAUGAUGUUAAUAGUCAGACUCACUGUAUCUGCAACUGGAAGCUUUUUGGAGAGGUCUCAACCUCUCUUCAUGAUCAUCAAGCAAAGGUAGCAAACUUAACUGCUUCAAUGUAGUGAUGAACUGCAACCCUUCAGGG